AGGCACGAUCUGGUGCUUACGCAGCGGUGGCGACCAUGGCGGCUGAGGAGGAGGCGUUGGACUCGGCGGAUCCCGGAGAGAGGUCAGGAUGGCUAACUGGUUGGCUUCCCACAUGGUGCCCUACGUCUUCACUACACCUUAAAGAAGCUGAAGAAAAAAUUUUAAAAUGUGUUCCCUGCACAUACAAAAAAGAACCAGUUCAUAUAUCUAAUGGAAAUAAAAUAUGGACACUGAAAUUCUCUUAUAAUAUUCAAAAUAAGACACCACUUGUCCUCAUCCAUGGUUUUGGAGGAGGGCUUGGACUCUGGGUAUUAAAUUUUGAAGAUCUUUGCACCAAUAGGCCUGUCUAUGCAUUUGACCUCUUGGGCUUUGGAAGAAGUAGUAGACCCAGGUUUGACAGUGAUGCAGAAGAAGUGGAGAAUCAGUUUGUGGAAUCCAUUGAAGAGUGGAGAUGUGCCCUAGGACUGGACAAAAUGAUCUUGCUUGGACACAACCUGGGUGGGUUCUUAGCUGCUGCUUACUCACUGAAGUAUCCACUAAGGGUUAAUCAUCUCAUUUUAGUGGAGCCUUGGGGUUUUCCUGAGAGACCAGAUCUUGAUGAUCAAGAAAGACCAAUUCCAGUUUGGAUCAGAGCCUUGGGAGCUGCGUUGACUCCCUUUAACCCUUUAGCGGGCCUCAGAAUUGCAGGACCCUUUGGUUUAAGUUUAGUGCAGCGUUUAAGACCUGAUUUCAAGCGGAAGUAUUCAUCAAUGUUUGCAGAUGAAACUGUGACAGAAUACAUCUACCACUGCAAUGUACAGACUCCAAGUGGUGAGACAGCUUUCAAAAAUAUGACAAUUCCUUAUGGAUGGGCAAAAAGGCCAAUGCUUCAGCGAAUUGGUAAAAUGGACCCUGACGUUCCAGUUUCAGUGAUAUAUGGCGCCCGAUCCUGCAUAGAUGGCAAUUCCGGCACCAGCAUCCAGUCAUUACGACCACAUUCAUACGUGAAGACAAUAGCCAUCCUUGGAGCAGGGCAUUAUGUGUAUGCAGACCAAGCGGAAGAAUUCAACCACAAGGUAAAGGAGAUCUGCGACACCGUGGACUGAGCACAUGGAAGCCACAGGGGAGCACAUGGAACCUGGCCAUUGAUAUGAUUCCUCAGCAAUAAUUGGUAGUCUCUGAUGAAGAGUAAGGACUACUACACAAGAACCAGCAGUUUCUUAACUGUACUUUGCACAUGUUUUCUUUAUGAAGUAAUUUGCACAUUUAAACCAGUUAGUGCCUUCUGGAAAAAUGGUUUUCUUUUCUCCCAUACAAAAAUUAAAAUUUACUUAAAAUGUACAAAGGAGUCUCCUAAUCUAAUAACUUUAAAUAAAAGGUUAUUUGGCCCUCU